UUAAUAACAUACAGUGUGUCCAACAGGUUGUUUUGGCCGCAAGACACACUACCGUGUGGAAACUCUAUUUUUCUGUUAGAAUUAUGGGAUACGUGACGCCUAUCAAUUUCCGGUUUCAAAUCUGUAGCACGAAUUUGUGGAAUUAAAUAAACUGCUUGUGGCUUCUGUUCUCCUUUUUAUGUGUUCAUAUAUUAGAACAUCAUAGAGUAGAGUAUUUCUUUGAAAGAAUCAUGAUUGGAGGACUUUUUAUUUACAACCAUAAAGGAGAAGUUUUAAUAUCUCGUGUCUUCAGAGAUGAUAUUGGGAGAAAUGCUGUUGAUGCAUUUCGAGUAAACGUCAUUCAUGCUAGACAUCAAGUAAAGAGUCCAGUAACUAACAUAGCUAGAACCAGUUACUUCCACAUAAAGCGGGCAAAUAUUUGGUUGGCAGCUGUAACCCGACAAAAUGUAAAUGCUUCAAUGGUUUUUCAGUUUCUUCACAAGACUGUGGAAGUCAUGCAGUCAUAUUUUGGCAAAAUCACUGAAGAUAACGUGAAAAAUAAUUUUGUGCUAGUAUACGAGUUGCUUGAUGAAAUCCUAGAUUUUGGAUAUCCACAAAAUACAGAUACUGGCAUACUGAAAACGUACAUUACCCAACAAGGAGUUAAAUCUCAAAGCAAAGAAGAACAAAGUCAAAUUACAUCUCAAGUCACUGGACAAAUUGGUUGGAGAAGAGAAGGAAUCAAGUAUCGCCGCAAUGAACUUUUCUUGGAUGUUCUUGAAUAUGUAAAUUUAUUAAUGUCCCCUCAAGGGCAAGUGCUGAGUGCUCAUGUAGCAGGAAAAAUUAUGAUGAAAUCUUACCUAAGUGGAAUGCCAGAGUGCAAGUUUGGAGUCAAUGACAAGAUAACAGUUGAAAAUGUAAACAAGGGAGUUCCUAUAGCAGAACCAAGUCAAACCUCAUCCAAAAGUGCCAUUGCCAUUGAUGAUUGUCAAUUCCACCAGUGUGUUAAGUUGAGUAAGUUUGAAAGUGAACAUAGCAUCAGUUUUAUACCCCCGGAUGGAGAAUUUGAAUUAAUGAGGUAUCGCAUUACCAAAGAUAUCAACUUUCCAUUCAGAAUCAUACCACUGGUCCAUGAAAUUGGAAGAAGUAGAAUGGAUGUGAAAAUUGUGCUAAAAUCAAACUUUAAGCCUUCUUUAAUCAGCCAAAAGAUUGAGAUUAAGAUUCCUACUCCACUCAACACUAGUGGGGUCAAUGUGAUUUGUAUGAAAGGAAAAGCCAAGUACAAAGCCAGUGAAAAUGCUAUUGUGUGGAAAAUUAAGCGCAUGUUGGGAAUGAAAGAGACUCAGCUGAGUGCAGAAAUAGCACUUCUUCAAACUGACACAAAGAAGAAAUGGAACAGACCCCCUAUCCUGAUGAACUUUGAAGUGCCUUUUGCCCCAUCAGGUUUCAAGGUACGAUACCUAAAAGUUUUUGAACCCAAAAUAAACUAUGGUGACCAUGAUGUUGUGAAAUGGGUGAGAUACAUAGGAAAGAGUGGCCUUUAUGAAACUCGAUGUUAGCCUGCAAUGUUAAUAGCCAUCCUGGAAUGUGACGCUUAUAAUUAUAGUGGAUGAAAGCCACUGGAAAAUAAUAUUUACAAAGCUGUUAACUCCAAUAUUUUCUAUAUAUUUAUUAUAGUCAUCAUGGUUAAGGGAGUUUUGGGGAACUUUAUAGUUUAUCAUUGUUAAACAUCAGUUAUAUUGAUUGAGGAUUUUAAAGUUAUGCUUUGAAUCAUGACAUAUGAUUGAGGGUUUAAAG